GAAACUCUAAAUCAUGAUCUAAUUAACCCUCUCAACAAAUUAAUUACACAUCCACUAAUAAUACCCCAAAUCUAGAAUCUAAAACUAAACUAUUCAACAUCUAACACCCAACCAUCUAUUAUUACUCUCACAAGUUCUUUCCCACUUUAUUUUUUGUUUCUUCUUCACAUUCAUAUAUUCAUUCAUUCACAUUUCACACUUUUACAUAUAUGCGAAUCUCAUUUUUAUCAAUAACCUCAUCUUCUUCACAUUCCUCUUCUAUCCUAACCCCUCCGGCGACGCCGUACAAUCAUCUCCGCCGGCGACAUCAUCACUCUUUCAAUGGCUUCCAUUCCCGUUUUCUCUCCUUUAACUAACAUUAAACUUCGUCAACCUUUAAUAACUUCUAAACCUCUCUUAUUCUCUCGCUCUUCUUUUCCCAUUCAAAGAUUCUCAAAGGGUGGUUCUAUAUCAAGAUUAUCUUGUUCAUCUUCGAGUUUUCAUCGGAGAGUUGGGUUUAACAAUAAACAAGGAAAAUCUUCGUUUCUUGAAUUUGGUGUUGAUGAAAUUGAAAGUGUUGAAGUUGUUGGUGAAAGAGAUUGGUCUCAGAUUUUGUCUGCAUUGCUUCCUUUUGUUGUUGCUGUUACUGCUGUUGCUGCUCUUUCUCAACCUUCCACUUUUACUUGGGUAUCUAAAGAGUUAUAUGCUCCAGCUCUUGGUGGGAUUAUGUUGUCUAUUGGGAUAAAACUAUCGAUAGACGACUUUGCUCUUGCAUUCAAAAGGCCUUUACCACUUUCCAUUGGACUUAUUGCUCAAUAUGUACUGAAACCUCUACUUGGUGUCUUGAUUGCAAAGGCUUUUGGUUUGCCUAGAAUGUUUUAUGCAGGCUUUGUCCUCACAGCUUGUGUUUCAGGGGCUCAGUUAUCUAGCUAUGCAAGCUUUAUAAGCAAAGGCGAUGUAGCCCUAUGCAUUGUUCUAACAAGCUAUAGCACUAUUGCAUCAGUAAUUGUUACACCUUUAUUAACUGGUCUUCUAAUUGGAUCUGUAGUGCCAGUUGAUGCAGUUUCCAUGUCAAAGUCCAUAUUACAGGUUGUUCUUGCUCCAGUGACACUUGGUCUUAUUCUCAAUACGUAUGCAAAGCCAGUUGUAUCUAUUCUUCGACCUGUGAUGCCCUUUGUUGCUAUGAUUUGUACUUCCAUGUGCAUUGGUAGUCCUCUUGCUAUAAACCGAAGUCAAAUUUUGUCAGGCCAAGGUCUUCGAUUGGUUGCUCCAGUAUUAAUAUUUCAUGCUGCUGCCUUCACCUUAGGAUAUUGGUUCUCAAACCUUCCAUCUUUAAGGCAGGAAGAACAGGUGAGCAAGACGAUUUCAUUAUGCACUGGAAUGCAGAGUUCGACACUUGCAGGCCUUCUUGCAACACAAUUUUUGGGAAGUAGUCAAGCAGUUCCUGCUGCAUGUUCUGUCGUAGCCAUGGCUAUAAUGGGUCUCUGUCUUGCUUCUUUUUGGGGAAAAGGUUUUGAAAUUAGAAACCUGUUUUCAUCAUUACCUUCACUCAGAACCGAUUCUGCUUUUGAGUCUUAAUUUCUUGUUUCUUAUUUGUUGGCAUUGGCAUUGGUUGGAGGAUGAUGAAGCUUGAUAAAUUUAGUAUAGUGGUACUAAUAUCAGAGAUGGCUUAGGAAAUGUAGGUAUACAAGAAAUUUCAAGUGUAUAGGUUAGUCGGAAAGCGUUUUUGUUAGUAACACACGGUAUACACGGCCAAAGGAUGCACGGAUAUUAUUUAUUCUUAUGUAGCUGCUGCAAAUGAAAAACCCUGUACAUAGACAUGAGCUUAGUAUAUUGAUGAUUGAUUUAUUGAUUAA